GUCACCAUCCAGGAUGGCAACCAUCACCUGCAACCGGUUUACAGAAGAAUAUCAGCUCUUCGAAGAGCUGGGGAAAGGUGCUUUUUCCAUUGUCAGAAGAUGUGUGAAAGUGCUGUCAGGACAAGAAUAUGCUGCCAAGAUAAUAAACACCAAAAAACUUUCUGCUCGCGAUCAUCAGAAGCUAGAACGAGAGGCUCGGAUCUGCCGCCUUCUGAAACAUCCUAACAUAGUGAGACUCCAUGACAGCAUAUCAGAAGAGGCACACCAUUAUUUGAUAUUUGACCUUGUAACUGGAGGGGAGCUGUUUGAGGACAUUGUUGCCAGAGAAUACUAUAGUGAAGCAGAUGCCAGCCAUUGUAUUCAGCAGAUCCUGGAAGCUGUCUUGCAUUGUCAUCAGAUGGGUGUGGUGCAUCGGGAUUUAAAGCCAGAGAACCUCUUGCUGGCCUCCAAACUGAAGGGAGCUGCUGUUAAACUAGCUGACUUUGGUCUUGCUAUAGAAGUGGAAGGAGAACAGCAGGCCUGGUUUGGUUUUGCAGGCACUCCAGGUUACCUUUCUCCUGAAGUGCUCCGGAAGGAUCCCUAUGGCAAAGCUGUUGACCUUUGGGCAUGUGGAGUUAUUCUCUAUAUUCUACUGGUUGGCUACCCUCCUUUCUGGGAUGAGGAUCAACACCGAUUAUAUCAGCAGAUCAAAGCUGGAGCCUAUGAUUUUCCUUCUCCUGAGUGGGAUACCGUUACUCCUGAAGCAAAAGACCUCAUCAAUAAAAUGUUAACAAUCAACCCAUCCAAACGUAUCACAGCAGCAGAAGCUCUGAAGCAUCCUUGGAUAUCACACCGUUCCACUGUGGCUUCUUGCAUGCACAGACAGGAGACUGUGGAUUGCUUGAAGAAAUUCAAUGCCAGAAGAAAGCUAAAGGGUGCAAUCCUCACUACAAUGCUAGCAACCCGUAAUUUUUCUGGAGGGAAAAGCGGUGGCAACAAGAAGAAUGAUGGUGUGAAGAAAAGAAAGUCCAGUUCCAGCGUUCAGUUAAUGGAAUCUUCAGAGAGUACAAAUACCACCAUUGAAGAUGAAGACACUAAAGUACGGAAACAGGAAAUCAUUAAGGUGACAGAGCAGCUUAUUGAAGCAAUAAGUAACGGGGACUUUGAGUCCUACACUAAAAUGUGUGACCCUGGAAUGACGGCCUUUGAACCAGAAGCUCUGGGAAAUCUGGUGGAAGGGCUGGAUUUCCAUCGAUUCUACUUUGAAAACUUGUGGUCCAGGAACAGCAAGCCCCUGCACACAACCAUCCUGAAUCCACAUAUCCACUUAAUGGGAGAUGAGUCUGCCUGCAUCGCUUACAUUCGUAUCACACAGUAUGUGGAUACAAGUGGGAUCCCACGCACUGCCCAGUCGGAGGAGACUCGAAUCUGGCACCGCCGGGAUGGCAAAUGGCAAAUUGUUCACUUCCACAGAUCUGGAGCACCUUCGGUUUCACCACAGUACAAUAUGACCCUUUCCAUGCAAAGUAGAGCUGCGCCUAUUCAUUUGGCCGCUAUAGACGGCUGAAGCACCUGCAUUGCAGGCCAGGUUUCUCACUGCCUCACUACAAAAAGAAGAUACUCGUUAUCCUUUAUCUAAGGAAUUUGGCAGCUGGUUCUCCUAUUUGUUUCUUGCUAGAAUUCCUUUUACCCUUGGAACUCCUUACCAAAAUAAACUGAGCAUUUAAGAGACUUUUUUCCUCCUGUUUCACCUGAGUCCUCUUCACUAUUCUGUGCCAACCUAGAAGAAGACAGCAUGUGUCAUGGCCCUAUUGCAGGAAACGGCUUUCUGUAGACAACAAGAAUCCAACCUGGAAAAGGCUGAGAUAAAGCCUUCAUCAAAUAAAAAAACAGCACUUUCUGGCCUCAGCCCCGCCUCCCCUUCAUCUCCUGCUUACAAGCUACAAGUAGCUGCUCCUUCUAAUGGGAGGCCAGUUCUGAUUGGAACAUCCAGACAACACAUGAGGAAGCUUCUCUGAGUCAAUGCCAGUGUUUUCAGUUGUACCUGGAACUAGCUGUCAGCUAAAUCCAAUGUCACACCUCCUAAAACCAGGAAACAGGCAAUUUACUUAGGUGGCUAUACGCAUCUAGUAAAUAAGCAAAAUUAUUUGGUUUAAACUAUUAAUUACAUAAAUUCCAAACAAGUUUGUAUUACUUGAGAAACUCUGUGUUCACAAAUUUUUCUUGGAGUGAAUUAAGUUUUAUUUUGAAUAGUAUGCAAAAUUAUUAAUUUAUCUUCCCAUCAGAAUAUGUUUUGUGAUUAGGCCAAUAGAUAUUCCCAGCAAUUCUAGUGAGGAAAAUGUCCCUUCCCCCCCACUUUUUUUUUUCAGAGACUGAGCUAAAAGGGAAUGGCUAGUAGUUUAUCAUCACAAUCAUGACUCGAGGUCAGUGUUUUUCAAUCUUGGCAAUUUUCAGAUGU